ACUUCAUGUUUGUAUGGUGCUUAGCACACACACUGCACCAUUUAGACCAACAUCUGGACAGACAGCACAAUGGACGUGGGGGAGACGAUCUACACAUUACUGGAGAUGCUGAUUGCCGUUAGCUGCUGUGUGGGUAACGUCCUGGUGAUCUGGGCAGUGUGGACCAGCAAAAGUCUGCAGCAGCCGACCUUCUGCUUUAUGGCUUCUCUGGCUGUGGCUGACUUCAUGGUGGGGUGUGUGGCGAUACCGCUGGCCGUGUUGGUGGAUGGCUGGGUGCACACUGCAGUCCACGCCUGUCUCUUCAUCAGCUGCACUGUCAUUCUGUUGACCCUGGCCUCAGUCUUGUCCCUGGCAGCUAUCGCGGUGGACCGCUUCCUCCGUGUUUUUAUACCUCUCAGGUACAAAAGGACUGUAACACAGAGACACACGUGGCUGGUGGUUGCAGGGUGUUGGCUGGUGUCAGUAGCACUGAGCUUCACACCCAUGCUUGGAUGGUACAAUGAUGGAACCCCACCCAGCAACUCCUCCACCAUCUUAUGCAAGUUCAUAGAUGUGAUCCCCAUGUCGUACCUGGUUUACUUCAACUUCUUCCUCUGUACACUGAUACCUCUUUUGGUUAUGGCUGUGAUGUACUGCUACAUCUUCUGUACAAUUCGGGGGAACCUUCGAGACAAACCGGGGAGCAAUGCCCAAUCCCACUCUCAUACCUACCUUAAGAAAGAGAGAAAUCUAGCAGGUUCUUUGUCUCUGGUCUUGGUGCUGUUUGCUCUUAGUUGGCUUCCUUUGCACAUAAUGAACUGUAUCGUCUACUUUGGUAAGGUGUCUGAUGUGCCACAAAAAGCUUUCUAUGUCGGCAUCCUGCUCUCCCAUGCUAACUCAGCUGUGAACCCAGUCGUGUAUGCCUUCAAAAUCCCUAAGAUCAAGCUGGCGUAUGUGAGGAUCUGCAGACAGUAUAUUUUAUGUGGAGAAGAACAGCAACAAUCUCAGACAAGCCAGACCUCGGACAACAAUCCCAGUAGCAACAUUAACAGCGUGGCCAAAAAUAACUGAGCAGAGGCUUUCUUUUGUUCUUUUUCU